AUGGCUUCUGAUUCCUUCAACAGGAGCUCCUCCUCCUUCAUGCUGGUGGGUGUCCCUGGCCUGGAAGCUUUCUCCACCUGCCUGGGCAUCCUUUUCUGCCUGGCCUAUGUGCUUGCCGUGGAAGGAAAUGGGGUGGUUUUGCUGGUGCUGAGGCGGGACAGGGCCCUGCAUGCCCCCAGCCACAGCUUCCUGGCCAUGCUGGCAGUCACCGAUGUGCUCAUGGUGACGGCCGUGGUGCCUGAGCUCCUGGGUGUGCUCUGGCUGGGCUCUGCCGCCAUGGGCCAUGGGCCCUGCUUCCUGCAGGUGUUUCUGGUGCACUCCGGGACCGCCGAGGAGUCGGGGGUGCUGCUGGCCACGGCCCUCGACCGCCACGUUGCCAGCCACCCCCUGAGGUACCGGCGGCUCCUGGGCGGCCGGGCCGCGUGCCAGGCGGGCCUGGCAAUCGCGCUGAGGGCUGUCCUGUGCGUGGUGCCCCAGACGGGGCUGCUGACGUCCCUGCCCUGCUGCGGCCCCCGCCGGCUGCCUCACUCCUACUGCGAGCCCCUGGCCGCCAGCCUGGCCUGCGCCAGCCCCGCCACCAGCGGCCUCUACAGCGUGGCCUGGUCCUCCCUGCUGGGGGGGACGGACGCGGCCCUCGUCACGUCCUACGGCAUGGUCCUGAGGGCUGUCCUGGGAAAGGCAUCCCUGAGGAAGGCCCUGAGCGCGUGUGGGUGCCGCUUGUGCGCGGUGCUGCUGUCCUGCGUGCCCGGGAUGGUGUCCCUCUGCUGCCAGCGCUUCCCCAGCGCCCUGUCCAUGGGCAGGCGGGUCCUGCUGGCCGACCUGUACCUGACCCUGCCCGCCAUGCUCAAUCCCCCUGUGUACAGCCUGAGGAGCAGGCAGAUCCGCCAGGCCCCGCUCAGGAUGCUCCUUCCCAGCAAGGGCUGUGCCUGA